AUGGAAGUGUUGUGCAUGGAACUCCAAGGUCGCUUGUGUAAGGAAGUUGAAAAGAUUGAUGGGAAAGCCAAGUUCAAAGUGGACAAAUGGGAACGUCGUGCUGGUGGUGGCGGAAUUUCAUGUGUUCUAGAGAAUGGUGAUGUUUUUGAAAAGGCUGGUGUAAACAUCAGUGUGAUAAGUGGGAACCUUAGCGCUCAAGCUGUGAAAGAAAUGCGUGCAAGACAUAAUGAAAUUGAUCCUAAUAAAGAGUGCAAAUUUUUCGCUUGUGGUAUCAGUUCAGUUAUUCAUCCACUUAAUCCAUAUGUCCCUACAACACACUUUAAUUUUCGUUACUUCGAAGUUGAUUUGGGUAACAAUCGUAAAUGUUGGUGGUAUGGCGGCGGAGCAGAUCUAACUCCAUACUACUUAUUUAAUGAAGAUGCUAAACACUUUCAUGAGCAGUUAAAAUUGGCUUGUGAUCAACAUAACGAAUCGUUUUAUCCACGUUUUAAAAAAUGGUGUGAUGAUUAUUUCUAUCUGACACAUCGAGGUGAGACACGUGGUGUUGGUGGAAUAUUUUUCGACGAUUUAGAUGGUACCUCACAAGAAAAAGUAUUCAGUUUUGUAAAAUCGUGUGCUGAAGCAAUCAUUCCAGCUUACCUACCGAUUGUUGAAAAACGAAAGCAUUUAAAGUAUACUAACAAAGAACGUGAAUGGCAGUUGGUAAGACGUGGACGUUAUGUUGAAUUCAAUUUAAUCUAUGAUCGUGGCACUAAAUUUGGUCUAGCCACUCCAGAAGCUCGUAUUGAAAGUAUUUUAAUGUCUUUACCACGUUAUGCUCAAUGGAACUAUUGUUAUGACAAUUCACAGGAUCCACGUAAUCAAUCACUCAUUGAGGUGCUUAAAAAUCCUAAAGAAUGGGUUUAA